CCCGGCUGGGAUAUCCCCCACCCCUCACCCCAGGGGCCGGCGGUGUCGGCGCGUGCCGUAAGUUUCCGUCCUCUGUCGCUCCGCGCAGGGUUCAACGUGGAGACGGUGGAGUACAAGAACAUCAGCUUCACCGUGUGGGACGUGGGUGGGCAGGAUAAGAUCCGGCCCCUCUGGCGGCAUUACUUCCAAAACACCCAGGGGCUGAUCUUCGUGGUGGACAGCAAUGACCGGGAGCGGGUGAACGAGGCGCGGGAGGAGCUGAUGCGGAUGCUGGCGGAGGACGAGCUGCGGGACGCCGUGCUCCUCGUCUUCGCCAACAAGCAGGACCUGCCCAACGCCAUGAACGCGGCGGAGAUCACGGACAAGCUGGGGCUGCACUCCCUGCGCCACCGUAACUGGUACAUCCAGGCCACCUGUGCCACCAGCGGGGACGGGCUCUACGAGGGCCUCGACUGGCUCGCCAACCAGCUCAAGAACAAGAAGUGAGCGGGCGGCCGCCGGCCCCGGCCCCCCCCCCCCCCCCCCGCCCCCCCCGGCCCCCCCCCCCCCCCGGGGCCUUGCCAGGCCCCCCCGGCCGGCCGGGGCCACCCCUUCCCCGCGCCCCCGGCCGCCCCCUCCCCGCCCCGGUUGGGUUUUGCUUUCUUCUGGCACCGGUUGCUGUGGGGUUUUGCCUCUUUUCUCUGGGGUCUUCUCGGUUCCCCUCGGAUCUCGUGUGUGCGUGCGUGGAAAUAUAUCUAUAUA